UCUCUCUCACAACAUCUCGUCUCACGAGGCAGGACCUUAGGGCCCAGUGCAUUUGUGUCUGCAGGGUAGCAGCUCUUCUACAACUUUGCUAUGAUUUCUACUGAAUUCUUUGGUUUGCAAAUAUAAAGGAUUCUCUGAAGCACAACCUUAAACAAAUCGUGGUAGACAGCUGGGAGAGAACAGCUGCAGACAGAAAAAUGUGGCCGGAUGCUCUGGGGACGGGCAGGAUUGAUAUGCAGUCAGGUGGCUCCGUGGAGAGGAAGCAGUGACAGGCUGAGGUAAAAAUAAGUGACUAAAGAAGCAUAUUUGGGAGUCAUCUAACAUGUCAAGAAGAAGAUUUGAUUGCCGAAGUAUUUCAGGCCUGCUAACUACAACUCCUCAAACUCCAGUGAAAAUGGAAAACUUCAACAAUUUCUAUACACUUACAUCAAAAGAGCUAGGAAGAGGAAAAUUUGCUGUGGUUAGACAAUGUAUAUCAAAAUCUACUGGCCAAGAAUAUGCUGCAAAGUUUCUAAAAAAGAGAAGGAGAGGACAGGAUUGUCGAGCAGAGAUUCUCCAUGAGAUUGCUGUGCUUGAAUUGGCAAAGUCCUGUCCCCGUGUGAUAAAUCUUCAUGAGGUCUAUGAAAAUACAAGCGAAAUCAUUUUGGUAUUGGAAUAUGCUGCAGGUGGAGAAAUUUUCAACCUGUGUUUACCUGAGCUGGCUGAAAUGGUCACUGAAAAUGAUGUUAUCAGACUCAUUAAACAAAUACUUGAAGGAGUUUAUUAUCUACAUCAGAAUAACAUUGUACAUCUUGAUUUAAAGCCACAGAAUAUAUUAUUGAGCAGCAUAUACCCUCUUGGGGACAUAAAAAUUGUAGAUUUUGGAAUGUCUCGAAAAAUAGGGAAUGCAUGUGAACUGCGGGAAAUCAUGGGAACACCAGAAUACUUAGCUCCAGAAAUUCUGAACUAUGAUCCUAUUACCACAGCAACAGAUAUGUGGAAUAUUGGAAUAAUAGCAUAUAUGUUGCUAACUCAUACAUCACCAUUUGUGGGAGAAGACAAUCAAGAAACAUACCUAAACAUUUCUCAAGUUAAUGUAGAUUAUUCAGAAGAAACUUUUUCAUCAGUUUCACAUCUGGCCACAGACUUUAUCCAGAGCCUUUUAGUAAAAAAUCCAGAGAAAAGACCAACAGCAGAAAUCUGCCUCUCUCAUUCUUGGCUACAACAAUGGGACUUUGGAAACUUGUUUCACCCUGAAGAGACUUCAAGUUCCUCUCAAAUUCAGGAUCAUACUGUAAGGUCUUCUGAAGACAAGACUUCUAAAUCCUCUUGUAAUGGAACCUGUGGUAAUCGAGAAGACAAAGAAAAUAUCCCAGAGGAUAGCAGCAUGGUUUCCAAAAGAUUUCGCUUCGAUGACUCGUUGCCCAAUCCCCAUGAACUUGUUUCAGAUUUGCUCUGUUAGCACUUUUCCCUUUGACUCAUUUGGACUGAAUUUGAAAUUUUAAAUCCACUCCAGUGUGAGAUUGUGGUUUGUAGCUUCAUAUUUGACAUGUUUAUAUCAUAAAUGCACUUUUGCAUAGAAGAAUUUAGGGAAGUGUUUUAAUGCUAAGUUACUGGUUGCUAGCAUAAUAUCAUUUCCUAUCCUGAGAUAGCUCUACAGAGGAGAAAAAAUAUUUAAAUAUAUGACAAAAAAUAAAAUUGUACAUGUGAGUUUACAUGUUAAUGAAAGAAUUCAAGUUCAGGUGAACUUAUCAAAAUGUUUUAUAUAUAUCAGGAAAAAAAAAGUGGUUUGGGUUAUGUUGUGGUCAUUGUAAACUGAAUAAAAUGAAGACAACGGAACUUAGGGUCUCUCUCUAAAGUGAGUCCUGUGCCAUGCCUCUAUUGACAUAAUUGUUUAGGAAAACAGUGUAAAGAUUAAGCCAAAAUAUAAACUACUUUAUAGUUGCUUAAGAGACAUUUUACAAUUGAAAAUGUUUUCAAUUGCAAAUAUUUUGGAACUGUAUAAGAUUCUUAAUUCAGAUGGUCUGCUAUGUGAGAGAGGUCCUUUAACCUGAGCAUAGAAGUUAGAAACCUGAUCAGGGAUAUUUUCUACAAAUUGAAACAGAGAAAAGAGUAGCAUGGCUUUAUUUUUUAACUUAAAUGUCUUUUUCCUAUUCUCAACAUACUUCACAUCUAGUAAAGCCUGGAAGAUGGAAUGUAGAUACUAUGCAAGUGUAGAGGUUUCUCAUCCUUCAGAAUCUCUGGAGUAGAAGAUACUUAGGUAAAACUAAAUAUGCUCUAUUUUUAGUCAGUCAAAUGUAUUUAUUAAUUGAGUAUAGAAGAAAAUGUUGACAGACUCAGGCAGCUUACUGAAUUUUAGAUGUUUUCUCAGUCUUAGAACACAAGCCAGUCAUUCAGAGCUCUAAAAGAAUGCAUAAAAAGUAUCAUAGCACCAGUGGGACUGUUAACACAUUGCUAGAGUCAGCAGUAGCAAGGCUGAUGUGAUCAUAAACAUGACGACGUGUAAUAGCUUAAUAUUUAUUGUGUAAAAUUCCUAGUGCAUGAGGAGGCUCAGUGUAAGGCCAUCUGCAGAGUGGCCUCUAGGUGUGGUCUUUUGCUGGGACCAAUGAAAGUAAGUCUAGAGAGAGCAGAAUGUUUGACUAGUGGCCAGUGACUGUGUUCAGUCCUAAUGGUGGGGAAAUUUACUCCUUUUUGGACAAUCUAUGAUGAGUUUCCGCCUGAUGACCAUUAAAAAGUCUGUUGUAUUAUCUUGUUAAGAUAAUUGUGAUCUCAUGACCAUGCUACUGUAUCAAAAGAAACUAUAUUUUCGCAAAACAAAACAAAAAAUCAACAACCUGGUGUCUCCCCUUUGAAUCAUAUAUUACUCGAAAACCUUAACUUCUCAGACUUUUGAUAAGACAUCAAAUUCUUCAGUAAUAACUUAAAACUGUUUUAAAUAACUGUGAGGUCACUUUAUUUGACUAAAUGGUGAAUUAUUUUGAUAUCAACAUUUUUUAAGCAAAAGUUACUUCUACUUGUACGUUUGUGUGUGUGUGUGUGUGCAUAUGUGUAUAAGUGUAUGUAUAUAUGUAUAAAUUGAUAAAAUAUAGUCUUUAGACAACUUUCUCUUAAA